UUGAUCUAAUUUCCAUUUUUUCCCUCUCAAUUCCACUUCUUCCUCUAUCCUCAGCUUCAAGGAACAAAAUAAAUGUUCCUAUUUCUUUAAGGUUUUUUAAUUUUCUCGAAAAAAUAAUUAACCUCCUUGAUGCACUUGGUUGCAUCAUAAAAUGUUUACUUCUCUUGGCAAGAUUUGAAGCUUGACUUUAUUCCACCUCCAUUAGAAGCUGCUUUAGUUUAGAUCAAAGCCAGAGAAGCAAACUAAGAUGUCAUCAAACAAUAAGAUGAAGGGUCUGCUCAAAGGCCUUAGAUACAUUUCUCAAAUUUUUGAUAAUGAAAAAGAACCUGAAAUGCAGAUUGGUUUCCCGACGGAUGUAAAGCAUGUGGCUCAUAUAGGAUGGGAUGGCCCAUCUGUAAAUUCUGCACCUAGCUGGAUGAAUGAGUUUAAAUCACCACCAGGAUUUGCAUCAGCACCUUUAGCCAAUGAGGGAGUAGUUCGGGAGGAAGAAACUGUCAAAUGGGUGUCUCAAGAUUCAAGCAGCCGAAAAGGUUCACGGGGUCAAACUUCUUCAUCAAGAGACAUGCCAGAACUGCCGAAAUCAUCGAGGCGCAGUUCAUCCACAAAUGGUACAGGAGAGUCUUCAAUAAAGGAAAGAUCAGAUAAACCUAGGCAAUCAAGGAAGCCUUCCAGAAACUCUUCCAAGGAUACUUCAGAUACUACCAAGUCUAAAAAACCCAAGGAUCCAAACCAAGCCACUGACUCAACCUCACAAGACCUCCCUGCCAUCCCAAAGAAAAGCCGGCGGAAAAAGUCCAAAGACUCCUCUGUGGGCGGAUCCUCCUCCAGGCGGUCUAGAACCCAUGAAUUGGAUACUGGAUCAGAGUCAGGGUCUGCAUCUAAUGCCCGAGAGGAACGACUUAGUAAUGCUUCAGGUUUUGACGAAGGGGAAGGAAUCGGACACAGUGGGGUUUCCUGAGAAAAUGUUGGUGGCAUUGUUUUUGGUCGGUCAACAGUGGUAGCUACUAGCUAGACUCUUUUGCCUUAGCAUAAACCAAGAGAGAGUUACAUUCUUUUGUUUUUUUGUUGGUUUUCUAUUCAUUUUUCCCCCACCUCGGGAAACCUUUUAUGAUAAAAAAAAAAUCCGUGAACUUAAUUGUUGGAAUUUGGAACUGAUUCAGUUUUCAAUGAAGGAAA